AUGCCCACGAAGAGCAGAGAGAAGAUAAAAGCCUUUUGCUUUCUUUUUUAUUUCCUUUUUCUCUGUUUUCUCCCCCCCUCUCUCCCCCUCUCUACCUCUCUCUUUCUCUCUCUCUCUCUCUCUCUCUCUCUCUCUCUCUCAUUCAAUAUUUAUUACUAUGUUCUUCUUUUUUCUUCUUAUUGUAGUUUUUUUUAUCUCGUUUCUCCUUCCUUUUUUAUUUCUUUUUCUUUUCUCUUUUGCUAUAUCUAUCUUUUUUCUUCUCUCUGUUUUUCUCACUAUAGUAGUUUUUUUUUUCCUUUGGUAUUUGCCUUAUUUAUUCAUUCUCUUUUUUCUUUUACCCCAUCUUUUCUACUUUCCUUUUUAUUCUUUGAUGAUCUCAUUUUCUUUCGAUUUUUUCAUUCAUAUUUCAAUGUUUUCUUUUUUAAUAUCUUUCUUUACACUUUUUUUAUUCCCUGUUUUCCUACUUUAUUUUGUUUAUUUCUUUUUUUCUUUCUUUAUCUUUCCUUUGUCUAUUCUCUUUCCUUCUACAUUUUCCCUUCUUUUCUUUAUCGAUUCUUACAUUUAUUAAUCUUUUUCUUUCUUUUUCCUUACUUCUUUACUUUUCCUGACAUUUUCCUUUUUCUCAUUUUCUCAUUUCUUCUCUUCCUUCUCGCCUUUCUUUUAAUUUCAUUUCCCUGUUUCUUUUUUUUUCUUUUUCGUAUUAUUCCUUAUAAUUUUCUGGAGCUUUCUUAUUCUUUUUUUUCUAUCUUUUUUGUUAGUUCACAUUCUGAUUUUUUAUUCAUUUUUAUUUCCUUCUGUUUCCUUUCUUUUCUUUUUUUUCAUUCGAUUUCUUUUUUUUAG